AUAUUUGAGCGACCGCACAUUUUCCGGCUGCACGCGAACGUCUCACUGCGCGGUAGGUUUAGCGGAUGGGGGCGAGCGCUCUCAUUUCAGCUUUGUCUCUAUCGGCUCUCCUCCGUCGUUUACAUUCCGGUUAAAAUAACACGCGUGGCGGUCAAGUUAUUUUCAGUGAUUUAAUAUUCAUACAAACGGUAGGAAUCGUAGCAUAGCAGAUCUUUAAAAUGCUCCAGUCUCUAGCCAGCAAUUCCUGCGUGCGUUUGAUACAGAGCCACAAAUCGACGUGGUAUUUUGUGUCUCUGGUGCUGGGGUACCUCCUCUACCUCAUCUUCGGGGCUGUCGUCUUCUCCUCGGUCGAGCUGCCGUAUGAGGACGUUCUGCGCCAGGACCUGCGGGCCAUCAAGAAGCAGUUCCUGAUGGAUAACAAGUGUCUCUCCGAGGAGAGCCUGGAGCGCUUUCUGAAGAAGGCGCUGGAGGCCAGCAACUACGGAGUGUCCAUUCUCAACAACGCCUCGGUCAACUGGAACUGGGACUUCACCUCGGCGCUGUUUUUCGCCAGUACAGUGCUGUCCACCACAGGAUAUGGUCACACAGCACCACUUUCAGAUGGAGGGAAGGCAUUCUGCAUCAUUUACUCAGUGAUCGGCAUCCCCUUCACCCUCCUCUUCCUCACCGCCGUGGUGCAAAGGAUCAUGGUCUUCAGCACGCGGAGGCCGAUCAACUACAUCCACACACGCUGGGGCCUGUCCAAGCCGCUGGUGGCCAUUGUUCAUGCCACUCUGCUCGCCAUGCUGGCCGUCUCCUGCUUCUUCCUCAUCCCCGCCGCCAUCUUCUCGGCGCUGGAGGAGAACUGGAACUUCCUCGAGUCCUUCUACUUCUGCUUCAUCUCUCUCAGCACCAUCGGGCUGGGAGACUACGUACCGGGAGAAGCUGCCAAUCAGAAGUUCAGAGAGCUUUACAAAGUGGGAAUCACUGUUUACCUGAUCUUGGGUCUGAUCGUAAUGCUGGUGGUGCUGGAAACCUUCUGCGAGCUGCAGCAGCUGAAGCAGCUGAGGAAAAUGUUCUACCUGAAGAAGGAGAAGCCGCAGGACCGCCUGGCCAUCGUGGAGCAUGACCACCUGUCCUUCACUACAGUGUCCAACAGACCCUCCGUACACAGUGAGGACAAGACUCAGACGUUUGUCAGUGUCCAAACUCUGGGCUCUCCCAACGACGAUCCCCUGAUCCAGUAAACGGCAGCGUAAACACUUAAAAAGGUUAGGAAGCUUAGAUCACAAUUUCAACAAUAGACAUCCUUGCAACAAGCCACACUGCAAAUCUUAGUCAUGAACCUGGCUCAGGCCGAGCAGGAAAUCUUCUUUAACAGAACCACUAAACUGUCAGUACAGUGUUAUGCAGCAAAGAGGAAAUCUAUGUACAUUUAAAAGGGACUAAAUUCAUUAUUUAGCAGUGGCUAUAGAUACAUCAUCAUUGAUAAAGGAACAGCCGUCUGCUGUAUUUAUGACUGGGAGCCUAAGCACUUUUAGAAGCUGCAUUAUUUAUUGCAUAUUUAGCAUUAUUAUAACGUAAUUGAUCUUCCUAAAUUUAGAAGACAAACAGAGCUCUUCUCUGUUGUAAAUCAGUACAUAAGUAAGUGUAUAUUUCAGAAAAUGCUUGACCGGUGUAUGAAAUGUACAUAAUCCAGUAAAUGUCUUAAACGUAGAGCGGCACCUUGAAGUAGCACGCCUAAUAAACAUGAGCCAAGGUGUAUCAAAGCAAACCAAUAUGUACAAGUAACUAACUCUCUAUACAUGUAAUUUAUCCUCAAGUCUGUUUGUGUUUUGUGGGCUUGUUAUGAGCGUGUUGCUGGGUUUGCUCUGCAGCACUUUAUUACAUUCCUUGCACCUUGCAGCUGAAGUGGCUCCUGUUAACUUCUUUAAACGAUAAGGACCCCGUUUUUGGUUUUUUUCUUCCUGUGAUGUAUGUCGAGAUGGAAUGGAAGGAAGAGUACACUUUUAGAAAAUAAAAACUGACAAGAGGCAGAUUCAGAGAUAGAGUGAAGGUGGCUUUGCCUCCAGUGAGAAUAGGUUUUAGUCUUUUUUUUUUUUUUUUUUUUUUGUCCUUGAAUCGCCUCACUCGAGGUGCUAAGUGUUCCUGUUUAACUCCAUUUCGUCACUUUUCGUUAUAAGGGACUUUGUUUGUGGAGUUUCUCAUGUUGCACUGUCAUUUUGAAGUCGUCCGUGUGUGAAGCUCUAUAAUUUAUCGAUCAGUCAGAAUGGCCUUGUCUGUGCUGGCCUGUGUGAAAAGGGGAAUUGAGGUUAGCCCAGUUUAAAGGGAACUGCUCAGGGCUGGCCUGUUGCAUUUUGCUAUCAAUAAAUAGAGCUUAGUUUGCACAUGCACUGGAUCAAGCAGAUGGAAGUGAUUUGGCCUUUUUCUCUUUUAAAAAAAGGGGAUAUACUAUUGAAUCUGUGAGAACAGUGGAUGGUUUUUAUUGAAGACUUUUGUUAAGUGUGACCUGUAAAAGCUUGAUUAUACCUCUCAGCUGGAAAAGACUCGUAGUAAACUGAACUAUUUUACUGUAGUUACACAUUUUGAAUGUAGAAAUGUAUAUUUUUGAAUAUGACAUGGGGACAGUUUACAAAAUUUUACUCUUAAUUCUCACAGAAUAAUUCUGCACUAGAAACGGUACAGCUGGAAAGUCUUGAAGUAACCAGUUCAAGUAGCAGGAGCGCAGCUAAAAACACCCCGGAUCUGCUUUUAUAUCCUCUUCAAUUCUAAAUCCGCAUACACACAUGAACAUAAUGUUAGAUUGUGGGAGUAGUCAUACACACACACACACACACACACACACACACACACACACACACACACAUACACACAUGCUAAUUCUAGUAUGAAUGUGACACCUCUGGAAAACAGUGUGUCCAAGUGUGCCUGAGUUCGCCAUGAUUGCUGGAAUAACCUUGACUGUGUCGCCAUCCACUGAUCUGUUGUUGCUUUUUGUACAUCAAUGGCUCCUUCAGUCUUUCUUCUCUUUGUUUUUAAACCAGCCUGGGCCUUUGUGGGAACUGUGAAACAAUGGUACUGUUAAGCCUGUCUGCUGAAAAAGGACAACUGUAAUGUCUCUGUUUUACUGUAACACGUUCCACUGUUGUAGAUACUUUAAGUAGAUUGAUGUCAAGGCUUUUUAUCCCGCAGCGGUACUAUUUUUAGCAGUAUUUGUCAUCCCAUGGAGUUUGUCUUGAAGGUUGAAGGCUGUCAGGUAAAGUUAUUCUAAUUUCGUUCAGGGAAUAAACAUUGUGUGAAGGAUUACAAGCGGAAGCACACUGACAUUAUUUAUUCACGCCGAAUAAACUGACGUAAUCUGGAACAUUUGUAGUCCUAGUCUUUUGUACCUCUUCGGUUGUUGUGCUGGAUACUGUAGAAUGACAUGCACUGCUAAGUAUUCUGGUGUCACAAUACUGAUAUUGUCAUAGAUAUACCGAGGUUUUACUGUUAAGUCCAUUUCAACAAAAGAUGAAGCUGAUGAACUGUACAAUAUUGAUGUGUCCUGAAUAAAGUGUUGUUUAUUAUUAU